GUGAGCUGUCGCUGCCGGCCCAUGUCAGCCCGUACACGAAGGUUCCCAAGGAGCUGAUGGAGAGCAGGGAGGAUGCCUACAUCCAGCUGGAGCUGCGAACGCUGGAGCAGGCGCUGCUCGCCACCUGUGUUGGCAGCAUCGCAGAGCUCAGUGAUCUGGUGUCUCGAGCGAUGCACCACAUGCAGCGUCUGCGCAGCUCGAGUCCCUCCGUCGGUCACACUCGCUCAGCCAAUCAGCUGUCAGCGUCCUGGGCUCCGGACGCCCUCCGCACUCUGUACUACUUCCUGUGCAGCCCACAGAUGGAAUCACUGGAGAACCCCAACCUGGAGCCUCCGGCCAUGACGCUGAGCAGAGAGAGGCCCUUCCUGCUCCUCCCUCCUCUCAUGGAGUGGAUCCGGGUCGCCGUGGUGCACGCUGAACAUCGCCGCAGCCUAUUGGUGGACAGUGAUGAUGUCAGACAGACGGCCAGGCAGCUGCUACCAGGACUGGACUGUGAGCCCAGACAGCUCGGGUCCGAGUGCUGCUUCCAGUCCUUUAAGUGUCUUGAUGCUGAAGCUGCUUCGGCCAAGUUCCAGCUGGAUCUGGGCUUCAGGAUGCUGUCAUGUGGCCGAGCGGACCUGGUCCACCAGGCCACCAGGCUCCUGGGAGAUGAAGGCGUCAACACCAUGGACGACCAGGGAAUGACUCCUCUGAUGUACGCCUCUGCAGCCGGAGACGAGGCGCUGGUGCAGAUGCUCAUAGAGGCCGGAGCUCAGCUGGACCUGCAGGUGCCCGGCUGCUCCACCAGACACCCGUCUGUUCACUCCAGCAGUCGGCGCUGGGUCGCCCUGACGUUCGCUGUGCUGCACAGUCACCUGUCUGUGGCUCAGCUGUUGCUGGAGGCCGGAGCAGAUGUGGAGGGUGGAGCUCUGCUGGACGGUCAGGAGAGCUCAGCGGAGACGCCGCUACAGCUGGCUGCUGCUGCAGGUUACUAUGAGAUGGUCAGUCUGCUGCUCACCCACGGAGCCGACCCUCUGCUCAGAGUGCAUCAUGGGAAUUCACUGACCUCACCGCUGUAUGAAGACAUGAACUGCUUCAGCUACGCGGCAGCACACGGACACCGAAACAUCCUGAGGAGGCUGCUGCUGCAGCCGCAACACAGGAAGGAGGACAUCCUCUCUCUGGAGGAGAUCCUGGCUGAAGGAGUGGAGGAGGAGGAAGAGGAGGUCAAAUCUCCAACACACCGUCCAGCUCUAAACUCCUCCAGCGCUGUUCCCAGACUGUGUAAAGCCAGGAUGAAAGCCCUGCAGCAGGCCGCCUACUACAGCGCAGAGCACGGCUACCUGGACGUAACUAUGGAGCUCAGAGAGAUGGGUGUUCCCUGGAGGUUCCACAUCUGGCUGGAGUCUCUCCGCAGAGCCCAGCAGCUGUGCAGGGACGAUGUCACCGUCUCCCUCCUCACCGAGUUUCCCUCCAUCCGGUCGGAGGAUUACAGCCCUGAGCUGCUCUCCACCGGGAUCCCGCUCAUGUUCAGCAUGUUGGAGACCAGCAAGGACUACGUGGUGACGAAGCGUCUGGCGUCCGUCUUCUCUCACUGCUUCGGUUCUUCUGCUGUUUCUCCCGUCCGGCCGAUGGACGUCACUCUGUCCACACAGCUCGAUAUUCACUUUCUGAACAACGAGGAGAUGUCUGACGUGACGUUCGUGGUGGAAGGUCGUCCUUUCUACGCUCAUCGGGUGCUGCUGAUGUCGGCCUCUGACAGGUUUCGCCGUUUGCUCGCUGAUUCCGAUGACAUCAUCCACAUCAGUCACAUGACCUACAGCACCUUCCAGAUGAUGAUGAAGAGUCUGUACUGUGGAGGAACAGAAGGACUCUCUGUGUCUCACUCCGACGCCAUGAAGCUGCUCCCUGUAGCUGCUUUCUUCCAGCUCCGAGGUCUGCAGAGAAGCUGUGAGAUGACGCUGUCGCAAAGUCUGACGCUGGACAACGCCGUCGGCAUCUAUCAGGCCGCUAAGGUAUGA